GAUUGCGUACAUAAACGCUGAACAACCGCUAGUUCCAAUUUUUCAUUCGAAAAGCGAGUUUGAGCUCGAAAAAAGAAUUCCAAAAAUCUCAUGGUUCUAUCAGUUCAAAACACUAGUAAGAAGAAUGAUACUGCAGCUUUAUCGAAACAAAUUCCUAAGCAAGUCCAAAUAAUGAAACGGGAACACUUCAAUAAAUGGUACAAAUUGAGCGCGUAUUAUUGGGCUUUAACAGCAGUCAAUAUACCUUGGCAGAUAUUUUUUACAUCUUUAUACCUUUCAAUGGUCUACUGGAUCACAGGGCAGCCCCUGGAGUUGCAUAGAAUUCUCAUGUUUUUCAGUACUUGCUUCAUGUGUGCCUUCAUUGCGGAAAGCAUAGGGCAUAACAUUGCCAGUAUAUUUAAUAUUACGAACGCUACAUUCUUCGGACCCGCACUAUGUUGUCCCUUAAUGCUACUUGCGGUACAAGAUUUCGGCGAAUCAAUCGCUCCUCGAUCAAUCUGGCGGUCGAUUCUAAUGUAUAUAACUUACUUCCGGUACGGGCUGGAAGCUCUCACGGUGACUACGUACGGUUACGGUAGACAGAGACUACCUUGCCCGGUGGAAGAAACAUACUGUCAUUUCAGUUCACCCAAACAAAUCAUGCGAAUCAUAGGUAUGGAGAAUCCUCCCAAUUUCUGGAUAGACAUAUCUGCUCUUUUCAUCAUUUUAUUUAUUUCUAAAGGGUUCGCAUAUUAUUUCCUGAGGCAAAGAGUACAACCAAACAAAAUUUUCCAGAUGUUCCAGUUAAAGAAAUUUCUUUAAGAACAAUUUCAAUAUGUGAUUCUUAGUAUAAUUUAUUUUCCCAUCAUGAUGUGUCAACAUUAUACGCGUCGCUCGAUGCUCUCUAAGUAAACAAACGAGUGCCGUAAACUAUUUGCAGCGAAAGUACAUAAUUAUUAUUAUAUCGAACGUAAUAGUCAUUAUAACUAAAAUAAAAAAGAACGAAAAUAAA